AUGCAUAGCAUGAGUAUAAACCUUCGUCAAAAAUUAAAAGAAUUGAACAAACAAAAAGAACAAUUCAAUGAGGAUAGUCAAAAUGUUGAUAUUCAAAAAAGCUUUACAACAACACCAGUACAAUUGAAAAAGACUGUACUAAAACAACAAAUACUUCAUCCAAAAUCGUUGAAUAUCAAUAAUAAUGAUAUAACAUUAACAGCUGAAGAACUUAAUCGACGUGAACAAGAAUUUAACGAUGAUAUGCAACGUGAAUGUGGUCAAAAUGCACAAUGGAAAAAAAUUCAACAAAAUACAUUUACACGAUGGGCAAAUGAACGUUUGAAAUUAGUGAAUCGACAUAUUGAUAAUUUACAAACAGAUCUUGGUGAUGGGUUAAAUUUAAUUGCACUUCUUGAAAUAUUAGUCGGAAAAAAAUUACCACGUUAUAAUCAUCGUCCGCAAUUUCGUUCUCAAAAAUUAGAAAAUGUAUCUGUCGUACUUGAUUAUGUUGAAAAUAUUGAAAAACGACGUCUAGUCAAUAUCGAUGCAUCGGAUAUUGUUGAUGGUAAAGUCAAAUUAAUACUUGGCCUUAUGUGGACACUUAUUCUACAUUAUUCAAUUACACUGCCAGCUUGGGAAAUACCUAAUGAAAAACGAGAAACAAUUCAAAAUCUUAAACCAAAACAAAAAUUAAUGAAUUGGUUACAAGCAAAAUUGCCAACACACAUUAAUAUUGCAAAUUUUACUUCGGAUUGGAACGAUGGAAGAGCGAUUGGAGCUGUUUUGGAAUCUUGUUAUCCAGGUAUUCAUGGAAGUUUUCUUUUAUUAGACACGAAUGAUUUUUUUAAACAUCAUUGGAUAGGUCUAUUUCCGAAUUGGGCUGAUCGUGAUCCAAAGCAUGCACUAGAAAAUGCAAAAGAAGCUAUGGAAUUGGCAGAAAAAUGGCUUGGUAUUCCACAGCUUAUCCAACCACAUGAAAUGAUAAAUCCACACGUUGAUGAACAAUCGAUGAUGACUUAUUUAUCUCAAUAUCCGAAUGCGAAACUUCAACCUGGCGCACCAGUUAAGCCAAAGAAUUAUGCUCAUCUAGUCAAUUGUUAUGGUGAAGGUCUUGAGCGAACGGGCCAUAUGGUUGAUAAACCAGUUAUUUUUCACAUUGAAACAUGUGCAGCUGGUAUAGGUAAAGUUGAUGUUAUUAUUGUUAAUCCAAAUGGACAAACAGAAGAGUGUACUAUUGAAUUCCGCGAAGAUAGAAAUCGAACAUACGAUUGUGCUUUCUAUCCAGCGAUGUAUGGUGAACAUAAAAUUAUUGUUACAUUUAAUGAACAAGAAGUACGGCAUUCACCAUUCUACAUAUAUGUUGAUGAACCAGAGCAAAUAUCUGAAGUGUUAGAUAAUGAUGAAGUGGAUACAGCAUGCAAUGAAGUUACACAUUCUGAUAUCGAACAACCAGUCUAUGAAAAUUAUAAUCCAGCAAAUGCUAUCAUCUAUGAUAGAGAAGAUACAGCUGAUAUAAAAAUAAAAAAUUUAAAUGAAGAUGGAGAUGGAGAUGAUAUUAUUCUUCAAGAAGAUCAUAUAUAUUAUGCUCAUCAAACACAGAUUACAUCUAUACAAGAUCAUCAACUUCGUCGUCAAAUCUCCACACGGUCAAUAUCCGAUCCAACAUUAAAUAAACAUAAAUUUUUCUCACCAAUUAAACCACCACGAACUUAUUGCCAUGAUGAACCUGACGAUGAAAUAAAUGAAUCUCCACUGGUUUAUAGUCUAACAGAUUAUCGUCUAAAACAAAAACGUCAGGAAGGUUUAGAUCUUGCACAAGCAAAUCGUGCAGAUUCAAUAGCCAUCAGUUCAACAACACUGAAUUCAACAUCGUCCAUUUCAAUUGAUGAUAAUCCACAAGAAAAUAAACGUUUAACAUCAAAGUGGCUAGUGAUUGAUGAAAUUAGUCGUUUAACUGAACUAACAAAACGAGAAACAUCAACAUUAACACAAACAUCACAUGCAUUAAAAUGUUGUUCGAACGAUCCACAUGCUGCAUUAUCAGAUAAAAAAAUCGAAUGUGAACGUGUCAUAUUUAUGGCUAAACAAAAGCUAACAUCAUACAAUAGUGAAAUAAAACGUUUAGAAAAUCUCGACCCUGAUAGUGAAUAUUAUUCAUCAGAUAUUUCGCAUAGUACAUUAAUUUUACAAGAUAUUCGAUUAUCAAUCAAAGAAGAUUAUUUAAGAUCGUUACGUAAAGGAAAAGAAACAAAAUUUUAUUUUUUUAUGUGUGCUGUUCACUAUCGUUCACAAACACUUUUUUCACAUAUGGUUUCAUCAUUCGACACACUUCAAUCUAAUGGACAAGUCAUAUUUUCCAAUCGAAUGAUUAUAAGAGAAGUUGAAAGCAGUUUUGCUGCAACUAUUGGUGUUUAUUGCAUGGAAAUCACGAUGAAACAUCCAAUAACUGGCCUCGAUCAUUCACCCAUGGUUUGUCCACAUCAUCAUGUUUCAUCAUUGGCAAAGACUGUUCAAUGUAUGAAAUGCGAUAAACAAAGAUUAAAUAGUACCGUAUCAAUACCUGGUCAACAUUCAAAAACAAAUACAAUUCUCCGCGUUAGCAAUUUUGUUCAAGUUGAUGCAAUAACUAUUCGUAAAGAAGAUCUUAAAACACAAGAAUUUAUGCUUUCAAUCUCAUCCGCAUCGAUUCCAUUAAAAGCUAAAUUACACGUUAAAUUACAACGUUUAUCAGAAUUAAAAAUUCGUAAAGCUGGCUACUUGACAAUCUAUUGCGAUAUUAGUGGAUCAGGUGUAUGGAUUCGAAGAUGGUUUAUAUUGACCAAUGAACAAAAUCUUCGAUAUUGGCCAUCACCAGACGACGAAGAAAAUAAUGUGCCACCUACAGGUGAAAUUGAUCUACAUUAUUGUAUUGAUCAAACGGUUAAUCUAUUACAACGUGAAACAUGUGCUCGACCUCAUACAUUUGAAUUACGUAUUGCCGUUCCAACAAAGAAAUCCACUGAUCAUCGAUUGUUCGCUAGUGAAAAUGAUGAGAAUGAUGAAUAUCCAACGAAUUCUAUAAUAGCACAACCAUUCGGUAAACGAACACUAUUUCGAUUUUGGCUAAGUGCUGAUUCAAAAGAAGAUCGCAAUGAUUGGUGUAAUAUACUUAAUCAAAUCUUAGCGGAUUUACGCGAAUGGGAAGUUAUUUCAUAA